AUGUCUCCAUCGCAGUCUUCCAUACCUACCUCCCCAUCAUCCCUCAUCCACUCUAUCCAACAAAAUUGGUCUCUUGAGACCUCUACCUCAAUCCUUCCCCAAUCCCUCCUUUCCAACGAUACAUCUACACAAAUCCCCCUCCCCCUUCUACAUGCCCUGGAUACUCUCUCAUCUCUGACUCCCGACCAGCCGGACCGCGCAUAUAGUUUGCUGAACACUUAUUUCCACGCGCGCAUCCGGCAAGGGUCAUACAGAGGGACACAAGGAGCGAUAGUCGCAGGGCUAGAAGUGGAUGAUGUAGAAGCGGCAUGUGACAGUGUGAGAAGGAUGAUGAGGGGGAAGGAGAUGCAGGGUGUAACUAGUGAGACAGAAAAGGGAAAAGGAAAGAGGAAGUACAGUAUUCGACAGGAACGAGAGGAUGGUGACGAUGACGAGAAUGACACCAUGGUGUCCAAGACUCAAAAGCUAUCCUACGAGUAUACCAGCAGCGCAGUCGACGACAAAUUUCACGCCCUCCCAUCACCAUCCCUGACCGUCUCCACUGCUACGAUAGAAAAGGAACAAGACAACACAGCUACGGCCCUCGCACCCGUAACACCACGCACAAAACGCCUCAUCCACCUCCCACCAAUCCGCACAUCCCAUAUCACUACGCCCAUCACCGCCUCCCUACCCUCGGCACACACAACAAGUUUCACCCCCUUGUUCAACUCUUUGAAACAAGAAGUCGGAUACACAUAUACCCCACCGCCGAUAGUGUAUACCCCGCAUCCUUCCCACACUCCGAAUCCCAAUCGUCCUUACUACAGACCACAACAACAACAGCGACAGCCAAUUCCCCAACAUCACCAUUACCCCACCACCGAAGAAAUCAUGAGAGAAAGGAAGCGCGAGCAAAUACUCCAAGCCGCUCAACGCGCAACCCACAAUUUCAACGUCUUGAGGCGGGACACGGAGCGCUUGGGUCGUGCGUACGAGGAAGCAAGGGGUAGGUGUGAGGAGGUGAGAGGCAGGAUGGAGGGGCUCUGGUGGAGGGCUGGGUGGAGAGGAUGA